UCUUCAUGUGUAAGUUCUGCUCAUAACCCAGAAGAAACUCAAUUCUCUUCUCUUCUCCUUUCUCAUAUUCCUUUUGUUCAGCAGAGACAUGGACAAACUCAUUCAUCUGAUCUUACUCUCUGGUCUUGUUUGUAUUCCAGGUAGUUUGGCAGAGAAUUUAGCAUUGAAUGGAUCAGUGACACAGUCCUCCACAUAUUCCACCUGGGAAGCUUCAAAUGCCAUAGAUGGUGUCAGAUACGGACCAGAUGCUUCUACAUACUGCUCUUCUACAUCAUCUGAGAGUGACCCAUGGUGGAGGUUGGAUCUCUUGGAUGUUUAUAACAUUAGUACAGUGAUCAUCACUGCUCAUGACGACUAUAUGGCUGAAACCAGUGGAGCAGAGAUUCGUAUUGGAAACUCACUGGACAACAAUGGAAACAACAAUCCCAUAUGUGCUGUGACACCUGAUCCUGUGACUAAUAAUACUGUCAGUUACUCAUGUGGUGUCAUGGUGGGACGUUAUGUGAAUGUGGUCAUGACUGGACGUACAUCUUAUCUCACUCUGUGUGAGGUGGAAAUCUAUGGAACAGAGAAUUUAGCAUUCAGAGGAACAGCUACACAGUCCUCCACAUAUUACAACUGGGAAGUUCAACAUGCCAUAGAUGGUGUCAGAUAUGGAGAUGUUUCUACAUACUGCGCUGGUACAGAAUCUGAAAGUAACCCAUGGUGGAGGCUGGAUCUCUUGGAUGUUUAUAACAUUAGUACAGUGAUCAUCACUGCUCAUGACGACUAUAUGGGUGAAAUCAAUGGAGCAGAGAUUCGUAUUGGAAACUCACUGGACAACAAUGGAAACAACAAUUCCAUAUGUGCUGUGACACCUGAUCCUCUACCUGGUAAUACUGUCAGUCUCUCAUGUGGUGUAAUGGAGGGGCGUUAUGUGAAUGUGAUCCUGUCUGGACGUACAUCUUAUCUCACUCUGUGUGAGUUGGAGGUCUAUGGAUCAGAGAAUUUAGGGUUUAAAGGAACGGCUACACAGUCAUCCGCAUAUAGCCUCACCUGGACAGCUCUACAUGCCAUAGAUGGUGUCAGCAAUGGACCAGACCCAGAUCCUGGUACAUACUGCUCUUCCACAGCCAAUGAAAGUGACCCAUGGUGGAGUUUGAAUCUUCUGGAUGUUUAUAACAUUAGUACAGUGAUCAUCACUGCCAGACCAGACUGCUGUGUGGAUCAAACCAACGGAGCAGAGAUUCGUAUUGGAAACUCACUGGAAAACAAUGGAAACAACAAUCCCAUGUAA